UUUGUGUUAUAUUUAGUAAUUUGUUUUUUAAAACUAACAGUUUCUGAUAUUAUGUCAAAGCUUAGUCAGGUAGCUUUAGGAGAAGUACUCGCGGAAGAGAGGAAGGAGUGUGAGCACCGGAAUAAGGGCAAUUGUGGUGUGUGCACAGAAAAGGCAAAGGACAAUUUGGCAAAGAUGGAGCGAGUCCAGAAACGCGAAAAAGGUAUUCCGAUAGAAGGCGAUAAUGCGAAAUUAAAGGCAGAAGAUGAAUUGUACGUAAUAAAGUUUGCUGCCAAAGUAUCGUGGAUAAUGGCCGACAACAAAAAAGUAGAACCAACGGAAAUGUUACAGAAAGAUGAAAAUGUUAAGAGUGUCGACCGUAUCCACGAAUCCUUAAGAUAUGAUAAUGCGAAGGUAAAUAUUUCCGAAAACGAUGCAAACCAGAAUGAGAAAGACGUACAUGUUAACGGCCAAGAUCUUAUCCACAAAUCCGUAACAGAUGAUCUUUCACAGACAAGUCAACCAUUGGCCCCAGUCUCAGCUGACACCACUGCUACAAAUGAAGCCAACCUGAAAAAGAAAGAUAAUGAUGCGUGCCAGGAAAAGCCUGUUGCUGCAAAAAAUGAACAACUCAAUGCACCAGUGAAAAAAAAAAUAAGAAAUAAAAUUUCGAGCCUAUUUCAUGUGCACAAGAAGGACCACAAUAAGGAGUGAUCGGAUACAGGCAUACACAACUUUGUUUUGUUAAUUAAAUAUACACCUAUCUGAUAACUGUUUUAAGAUUGUA